GUAAACAUGGAGAAAUCCCGACUACAACUGACACAGACCCUUACUUUUAUAGCAGCUCGGCUGAACUCCCUCGAGGAGCGAGCGCAUCUACCGGUCGAGCGUUUCUAAGCCAUAAAAGACUUAGUAAGAACAAUCUUGCAGUCCCCAAUAAUACCAAUCCGUGUAUACCUACAGCUCUUGGGUCAUAUGGCAGCUACUACGAUCAUCGUGCGGCACGCAAGACUACAUGUGUGGUGCCUGCAACAUUGGCUGACCGCGGUAUACAAUCCCAUCAGACACAGUAUUCUCAAGGCCGUGGCGCUUCCCGCACGGGUCAAGGAAUCCUUGCACUGGUGGACCGACCCCAGCAACAUGCUAUCAGGAGUCCCGUUCCACGCGGCGCAAACAUUAAGAGAGAUAACCACAGACGCGUCUCUCAUGGGAUGGGGUGCUCACAUGGGCACCGAAAAGGCCCAAGGCCGCUGGUCCUCGGUGGAGAUGCUGCUGCAUAUCAACCUUCUCGAGCUGUGAGCGGUAUUUCAUGCAUGCAGGCAGUUCAAGAGGCACAUAAAAGGCACAACGACAAGAAUUCUCACAGACAACAUCGUUACGAUGUACUAUGUGAACAGGCAAGGGGGUGCUCACUACUGGUCUCUUUGUGCAGAGGUGGUUCGCUUAUGGAAGUGGUGCAUUCAAAACGACAUCUUUCUCGUGGCUUCAUAUUUACCCGGGGCGAACAACACCAUCGCAGAUGCACUGAGCAGACAUUUUUACCAAGACCACAAGUGGGAAAUUCGCACGGACGUCCUCCUACCUCUUUUCCACCACUGGGGUCACCCGGCGGUAGAUCUCUUUGCCACGCGCACCAAUGCGAAAUGCAGAGCUUACUGCUCCAGAGCAGGAGUGGGCGUUCACUCCCUGGGAGAUGCGUUUCUUCGUCACUGGGGACCAUCACUGUUAUAUGCAUUCCCCCCUGUUGUACUCAUUCCCAGGGUACUAGAGAAGAUUGUCAUAGACAAGGCACGAGUGCUGCUCAUAGCCCCUGCUUGGCCCAGACAGCCGUGGUAUUCAACCCUCCUGCAGCUGUCGACGCAUUCACCGCACCGAUUUCCUCACCUACCAGACCUGCUGUCGCAACGGGACAGCUUCCUUCUUCAUCCAAAGCUGGACACCCUACACCUAACAGCCUGGAUGGUAGAUGGUUCAGCACGUCCAAGAUGCUUUGCUCAGAUCAGGUAAAGGGCAUCUUGCUAUAUAGCAGGAAAGACUCUACCAGAAAGACCUACCUAUCUAAAUGGUCGAGAUUCACACGCUGGCACGCUCCUAAGGACCUGGAUCCUCUUAUCUCACCACUGAAUGUCGUACUCGAAUAUAUUCUCCAGCUGCAGGCUACUGGUCUGUCCAUAUCAUCGCUUAGAGUUCAUGCAGCAGCAAUUGCAGCCUUCCACCACCACAUCGAAGGGAAGUCAGUGUUUUUCCAUCCCAUGAUGACAAGAUUCUUUAAGGGUCUCAUUAACCUCAACCUACCAUACAGACCCCCGCCACCUGCAUGGAGUCUUGACCUGGUCUUAGAUGUCUUAACACGACCACCGUUCGAACCCCUAGCAACUGUACUGAUGCCCGUCCUUACAAUGAAAGUACUCUUUCUCCUCGCUAUAACAUCGGCACGCAGGGUGAGUGAGCUCGCAGCACUGAUGUCAUCACCCCCUUAUACAGUUUUUACUAAGGACGCUGUAACAUUGAGAUCUCAUCCAGCUUUUCUACCAAAGGUCUGCACUGAGUUUCAUAUCAACGAGCCAAUCGUUCUACCAUGCUUUUAUCCAGAACCUCACACGUCGCGGCAUCACGCUCUCCUGCACACUCUGGAUGCCCGUCGGGCACUAGUAUUCUAUAUAGAUAGAACCCGUGAUAUUAGGAAAACGGACCGUCUUAUUGUUUCCACCUCAGGGCAUUCCAAGGGCCAGGCCUUAUCUGCCCAACGCAUUUCGAAGCUCGUCGUCUCUUGUAUUACGACCUGCUACGACAUUUGUAAGAAGCCACUUCUAUCACAGCCCAGAGCCCACUCUACGCGGGCAAUGGCUACGUCAACGGCCUUUGUCAGAGGAGUCCCUCUACGUGACAUAUGCCGCGCAGCUACUUGGUCCUCCAACACGACUUUCUCCAGGCAUUAUGCGAUCGUGCAGCGAUUCAGCCCUGGCCUCAGCAGUGCUGCCAAACCAUCAGAAUUGUGAUUCCGUAGCCCACAUCUAGUGGAUUACUGCUCCGGAGUCACCAAACGUGGAGCACCCAGGGGGACUACCCAAAGAAGAAAGAGAGGUUACUCAUCUUCGGUGCAGUAACGAUGGUUCUUCGAGGUGUGUCCCCAUGUGUGCUCCACGACCCG